AUGAAGGUGAUUAUGGCAUAUAUAAUUAGAUGUAUUUUUUUUAAGUUAAAUUAAUUAGAAACAUGUUGCCAUUAUGUGCAAUCAAAAGAUUUAGCAGAGGAAGUAAUGCACUCAAAUAACUUAACGGAAGAUUACAUCUUUACUUUUGAAAAAGAAGUGCUUUAUCAAAAUUGUCUGAAAGCAAAACCUACAACUGCUAUAUUCAUUUACNUAUAUUUUUAUUAUCUUUGA